CGUAUCACCAUUACAACGACCUAUAUCUUGUUUCACAGGUCUCGGCCAUCUCCAGUUAUGGAUUAUCAGAACCGAGCAGGCUCGAAAUUCGGAGGCGGAGGUGUCGCCUCAUCCUCUGCUACCAAUGCCGAUCGUCGCGAACGCCUCAGGAAGCUUGCGCUGGAAACAAUCGACCUUGACAAGGACCCUUACUUCUUCAAGAACCACGUCGGUAGUUUCGAGUGUCGUCUCUGUUUGACCGUUCAUCAAAAUGAUGGUUCAUACCUCGCGCAUACCCAGGGACGAAAGCAUCAAACAAACCUAGCGCGUCGCGCUGCGAAGGAACAGAAGGAAAACAAGGGAAACGAUGUGGUGCCAGGCUUGCUGGCCGGAGUGCAGGUCAGGAAAAACGUCAUCAAAAUCGGAAGGCCUGGCUACAGGAUCACCAAGAUUCGCGAUCCGGUGACGCGUCAGAAUGGCCUGCUUUUCCAAUUCCAGUUCCCAGAGAUCACGGCUGGUACGAUUCCUCGCAUGCAGUUCAUGAACGCGUACCAGCAGCAGGUCGAAGAGCCGGACCCGAAUUAUCAAUACUUCAUCGUGGCCGGCGAACCCUACGAAACUGUCGCAGUGAAGUUGCAAGCUCGCGAAAUCGAUCGACGCGAAGGCAAACUCUGGUCCUGGUUUGAUGAGGACAACAAGGAGUACUGGGUUCAACUUCUGUUCAAGACAGAGCGUGACGAACGAUAUAGUGCAGUCCCUGGUCUGGCUCCCGGUCGCAAGUGAUGCGCUAAUGCAAUCAAUGUCACUCAAAAGUCGGAAUUGUGCAUCGUCAAGCAAGAGGGGGGCGGGUUGACUGUCGAUCAAGGUAAAUCCCAACGAUCGUGCAGCUGAUUUGCAUUUUGGUUUUCUCCAGCGAUUUUCACCAGCAUCAACCACAAUGAGGAAAGGAGUUACACGGCGCUCAACGGCAUUGUUCUAUCCGGGUCUGUUAUGACUCCAUCGGUGUAGGUAGCCCUCGUAAGAGCGAUAAUGAAUAAAUUAACCUCGCAUGCUAAAGAUGGCAUUCAGGAC